ACGCCACGUGGGCCACCCGAAUACCGACUUCUCUGAAACCGCCACGUGUCAGCCGUCGCCAUCGUCGCCUCUGCUUCUUUUUUCGCAGUGUGGAAAGGAAAGCUCUCUCCUCCCGACCGAUUACGCGGUCACAUUCUGAUGAAAUGACGAUUCCUUUCCCAUUCUCUCUUUUAUCCCUUUUUCAUGUCCCAAUCACGAUUCGUCUUAAUGUGGAAGGAUCCACAGCCACUCGUGGAUCUCCUCUCGGCUCGAUUCCUCCGAAGGAAUGUUUAGCGUCGUGAUCCUAAUCUAAUUUCAGAAUUUGGCUUAAUUUGAUUGGAGCGAUUUUGGGGAUUUUGAAACCCUAGGGUUUGUUUUUUUUUUGGGGGGGGGGGGGGGGGGGAUUUUGUUGGCUGAAUUGAGUUGAUAUAGUGAAGGAGGAUGGGGAUGAGGAAGUUUCAGAGAAGCUUCAAUGGAGUCUACGCGUUGAUUUUUCUAUUCUUCGUUGUUGACAGACGAGGUAUUCUUCAAAAUCCUCUUUCCUAUAAACCCUACCAGAAAUUCACUCGAAAUUUCGAGAAUUCGACGAGGAUUUACCUGAAUCGGAUUAAUUCCACGGAUUUGGAGUCGAAGCAGAACCCGACGAUCUGCACUGGAAUUCAUCGGCACGAAGGUUACGAUUCCCCUUGCGAUUACUUGAAAGCGAAUCCUGACUGCGAUUCCGGCGGAUUUUUCAAUUAUCUCGUCUUCUUCUACUGCGAUUGCCGGAAUUUGAAGCCGUUAGGGUACGUUGUUCUAUCGAUUUGGUUGCUUGCUCUGUUCUAUUUGCUCGGAAACACCGCCGCCGAUUACUUCUGUUGUUGUUUGGAAAAGCUUUCCGAUCUGUUGAAAUUGCCGCCGACGGUCGCCGGCGUGACGCUGCUUCCGCUCGGCAAUGGCGCGCCGGACGUCUUCGCUAGUAUUGCUGCCUUCGCCGGCAGAGAUUCCGGCGACGUCGGCCUUAACAGUGUGCUCGGAGGAGCUGUUUUCGUCACUUGUAUCGUCGUCGGAAUUAUCUCCGUCUGCGUCGCCGACCGGAAUAUACAGAUUGAUAAGAAAUGCUUCUUUAGAGACGUUAGUUUCUUCCUCGUCGCCGUCGUGUCGUUGCUGAUCAUCUUGCUCGUCGGCGAGGUUAGCCUCGCCGGCGCCAUUGCCUUCGUAUCGAUUUACGUUGUUUAUGUGCUGUUUGUCGCCGCCGGCGAGGCGUUGCGGAAGCGCGCCGGAAAGUUGAAAUUCCGUAACUAUUCGAUGAAAUUGUUACCCAUAAGCGAAAACGAAAACGCUCCGCUAUUAGAGCGAAUCGACGGCAAUGACGGAAGUAGCGACGACGGCGGCGUGCCACAUUUGCCGCAUUGGGUGUGGGCGUCGCACGUCGCGAUUUACACCGACGACAAAGUCGAUGACGAAUCUCGGAUCGCAUCUCCGACUUGGGGUUGGAACGAUCGCGAAAGUACCGAUCAAAAUUCGUGCUUUUCGAGCCGAGCAUUGUGCUUGUUGAUCGAAGCACCGCUCGCGAUCCCGAGAAGGCUAACGAUCCCGAUCGUGGAGGACGAUCGGUGGUCGAAGCCGUACGCCGCGGCGAGCGUGUUCUUCGCGCCGGUGCUACUAUCCGCGUUAUAUAGUAGAAGUAGUCAGGGGAGUAACGAUUACGUCGUCGCGGGAGUGAUCGGGGUCGCAAUGGGGGCGAUAUUCUGCGCGGCGACGGUGAAAUACACAUCGGCGGAUCGUCCGCCGCGGCGGGAGCGGCAGCUGCCGUGGGUGUUGGCGGGGUUUGUGAUGAGCAUCGUGUGGUUCUACAUGAUCGCGAACGAGCUGAUAUCGCUGCUGGCGGCGAUCGGGUCGAUUCUAUCGAUCGAGCCGUCGCUUUUGGCGCUGACGAUUCUGGCGUGGGGGAAUUCGACGGGGGAUUUGAUGUCGAACGUGGCGAUCGCGAUGAACUCGGGGCACGGCGUGCAGAUGGCGAUGUCGGGAUGCUACGCCGGGCCGAUGUUCAAUGUGGUGGUGGGGCUGGGGGUGUCGAUGGCGAUCGGGGCGUGGUCGAGGGGGCCGGGGGGGUACGGGGUGGCGGGGGACGGGAGCUUGUAUUGGACGUUGGGGUUUCUGGUGGCGGCGCUGGGGUGGGCGGCGGCGGUGCUGUCGCGGAAUGGGAUGAGGCCGGGGAGGGUGUUGGGGGUGGGGCUGAUGGCGUUGUACGGAGGGUUUUUGGUGGUGAGAGGGAGCGUGGCGAUGGCGGAUGGGUCGCUUGAUGACUUGGCCGGAUGAUUUUAUGGUAGUGUUUUGUUUUUUCGUUUGUAAAUUUUCUGGUACUUUACUAUAUGAGUAUAUUAGAUUUUGUGUUGUGUGUGUAUAUAUGUUGUGAGGGUUUACAAAAAUGUAUCCAUUUUCUAGGUUUUUGUUUAGAAAAUGUAUCCAUCUGAUUUGUUAUUUUUGGUCCA